UUCUAUCCUCUGUGGGUGGAGAUGUUGGCAAAGAAAAUGUCUUUCGAAUGGUCGACAAUGCCGUCUGAAAACGAAGAACAUUAUAAUUGCUAAUCGGAAUACAUUGAAAUGAUAUUGGAACAGUCAUUUCUUUCUCAUUUGUGAUCAAAACUUUGUAGCUAGCUAUUGCUAUAGGCCUAUUUUAGUUCACUCACUACGACUCAACGCAAGGAGAAUUUUUUUUCGAGCUGCUACCGGCAAACAAGCAAGACAGCAGGUCAUUUUUAAGUGUUCUUUUUACUUGCGUGUUGAAAAGAAUCAUCAAAGAUAAAGCAAUGUCUUACACUUAAUGCGCUCGAUACAAAGUUGAUGAGAGCGAGACCUGUCGCUACACUGUAUUUAUCAGCGGUCACCAAAUCAUAUGCGGCAACAGAGAAUGCAAUGGACAAAUUCAUGGAACAAGGUUAGAUAACUUGAGUAACUACAUUAUAAAAACAGUAAGGCGAAAGAACCGAAACACAUUUUGGGCAGGCGAAGGGUUAUUGUUUUAAGUCGUGAGCGUUUUGUGGUCAACGCUGCGGUAUCACCGAAGACUCGUGUACAUAAAAGAAGGGACAGCAAGUGAAAUGGUAGGCAACACGAUCCACUGGUUCAGGAAGGGCCUGCGGCUCCACGACAACCCCUCGCUGAAGGAGUCUAUCCGGGGAGCUGACACCCUUCGCUGUGUUUACAUCCUAGACCCCUGGUUUGCAGGGUCUUCCAACGUGGGCAUCAGCAGGUGGAGGUUCUUACUACAAUGUCUGGAGGACCUAGACGCCAGCCUCCGCAAGCUCAACUCCCGUCUGUUUGUCAUCCGGGGCCAGCCUACUGAUGUCUUCCCCAGACUGUUCAAGGAAUGGCAGACCAGCCGGCUGUCUUAUGAGUACGACUCUGAGCCCUUCGGCAAGGAACGUGACGCCGCCAUCCAGAAGCUGGCCAGCGAGGCCGGGGUGGAGGUUACUGUCAAAGUCUCCCACACGCUCUACGACCUGGACAAGAUCAUCGAGCUAAACGGAGGCCAAUCCCCUCUCACCUACAAGCGUUUCCAGGCGCUCAUCAGUCACAUGGAUGCCGUAGAAUCGCCCGCUGAGACCAUCACUGCCGAGGUCAUGAGGAAGUGUGCCACUCCCGUCGGUGAUGACCAUGACGACAAGUUUGGCGUGCCCUCCCUGGAGGAGCUUGGCUUUGAGACCGAAGGCUUGGCUACAGCAGUAUGGCCCGGAGGAGAGACUGAGGCCCUCACUCGCCUGGAGAGGCACCUGGAGAGAAAGGCAUGGGUGGCCAACUUUGAGCGUCCCCGGAUGAACGCCAACUCCUUGCUAGCCAGCCCCACAGGCCUUAGCUCCUACCUCCGCUUCGGCUGCCUCUCCUGUCGCCUCUUCUACUUCAAACUCACUGACCUCUACAGGAAGGUGAAGAAAAACAGCUCGCCGCCCCUCUCGCUCUAUGGCCAGCUGCUGUGGCGUGAGUUCUUCUACACCACGGCCACCAACAACCCCCGCUUUGACAAGAUGGAGGGCAACCCGGUGUGUGUGCAGAUCCCCUGGGACCGCAACCCGGAAGCGCUGGCCAAGUGGGCCGAGGGGAGGACUGGCUUCCCCUGGAUUGACGCCAUCAUGACCCAGCUAAGGCAGGAGGGCUGGAUCCACCACCUGGCCAGACACGCUGUGGCCUGCUUCCUCACUAGAGGAGACCUGUGGAUCAGCUGGGAGGAGGGCAUGAAGGUAUUUGAGGAGCUCCUCCUGGAUGCAGACUGGAGUGUGAACGCAGGUAGCUGGAUGUGGCUCUCCUGCAGCUCCUUCUUCCAGCAGUUUUUCCACUGCUACUGCCCCGUGGGCUUUGGCAGGAGGACGGACCCCAACGGAGACUACAUACGGCGCUAUCUGCCCAUUCUGAAGGCCUUCCCGGCCAAGUACAUCUACGACCCCUGGAACGCGCCCGAAAGCGUGCAGAAGACGGCCAAGUGCGUGAUCGGCGUGCAUUACCCCAAGCCCAUGGUGCACCACGCCGAGGCCAGCCGCCUCAACAUCCAGAGGAUGACGCAGAUCUACCAGCAGCUCUCCUGCUACCGCGGCUUGGGGCUGCUCGCAACAGUGCCUGCUAAUCCUAACAAUGGUGGAAACUGUGUGGGGACCUCCCCUGAAGAAAACCAGCAUGAGGCAGCCGCUCAAGCAGGCAGAGGACAUGCUGCCGUGAAGCGUCCCAACGAGGACCUCACACCGGGGGGUAGCAACAAGGCCCGGAGGCAGACCAGCAACUAGUCCCUGAUGUGGAGGGGUAGAGGAGAGGGGGUACCAGCUACCCUGUCGAUCUCCAGCAGGCUCCACCGGCACCUGAAACACUGCAUCGUCCUCCCCUGACUCUUCAACUCUACAGGAGCACAUCUACCUCAGUGGUGUGAGCAGCAGUAGGAAGAGAUGGACAAGAGGAGAGGAAAGGAGGCUGUGAACAUCCCACAUUGAACUAUGGGGAACAUCAAAUCACAUGAUGCCCAGAGAACUGAUCGCUGUUUGAGCCUGAGGGCAUGUUAUGUGCAGUCCUAGCCAUGGGGAAUGGCAUCAGCCUCAAGCUGAUAAUACGACUGACGACCCAACCUGGAAUCAUCAGGUCAAAUGGUCAGGAAACACUUAUUAUACGGGGUACAAUGCUGUCAGAAGUUCAGAAAUACCAGGUUCCGAGGAGUAUUUAUAAGGCAGCAUAAGCACCACUCUCAUGAAGUGCAUCAUACAUUUUGUACAAACUUUUCAUGUUAUUAACCUCUGUAAAACCUUUUUAAGGGAAUUAUAUAACCGUUUCUGUAUAAGCGUGUGAGUAAUUCAACUCAAAAUGUAUACAGUAAAAAUGUGAUAUUGCAUGUUUUGUUUUAUUAUUUUUUCUGGUGAAGUUGUAAACCAAUUGUUAUUUUUGUAUAAAGACUGACUGUUCUAUAUGGUGCUGUAAUAAAAGGUGUCAAAUGUAA